AAGAAAAUCGGAGAUGGAGACAAAUUUUCCCUCAUCCAUUCAGCAGCCAGGGUCCUGCGGAGGCCCAUCGUCCUCAUCUGUGAAGAGCGCAUUCAAUCGAGGACAUUCCUACCUCCUGUAAGAGAUCAUGAACAAGUUCAAAGAAAUGAAGCUGGACAAUGGAAAGGAAUUCUUCUCUAUGGUCAGGGGCAGGGAGAUUCUAUUAACAUCCUUCCAGUUGUACGAUUUGGAGAUGACGCAGGUAGACGGGUUUGGAUGGCAGCAAUUAAACUGCCCCAGCCCCAUGUUGGUUUUGGUGACGAAAGAAAAACCACCUUAGCUCGGGGCAUCUCUUUCCAAGGGAACGUUGGUGUGGAAUGGAGGGCGCACACAGCUCCUCUCCUGUGGAUCCUUGACAGAUACCUAGCUGGAUUGCCAUCACUAAAGCCAGCUCCACGAUGCGGAGAAAAGCUCCAUGCCAAAGAAGAGGAGGGCAAUGACACAACCGCCAAUGAAGAAGAGGAACGGGCUCUGGAGAUGGACUAG